UCGUUUCCAAACCUUUUUUUCCCUUUCCCUCUCUUUUCUUCCUCUUUCAUUCAUCUCCGAUUGUUUGGAUCUCGCUCCCAAAAAACCCUUUCCAGGGUUUAUCUCUCUCUCUCUCUCUCUCUCUCUCUCUCUCUCUCUCUGUCUGUCUGAUUUCCUUUCAAUCUCUCCGUCUUCUUCUCCUUCUUGAGAUGGUGUCUGGUCCGAGAUCGGACGGUUCACCACAAAUCACAUCAGCCCGUGUCCGUAAAACCAUCCAAUCGAUCAAAGAGAUUGUCGGCAACCACUCCGAUGCUGAUAUCUAUGUGAUGCUCAAAGAGUCCAACAUGGAUCCCAACGAGACCGCACAGAAAUUGCUAAAUCAAGAUCCAUUUCAUGAGGUGAGGAGGAAAAGAGACAAGAAAAAAGAGAAUACAAGCUACAAGGUUUCUACAGAAUCAAGAAAACGUGUGGAGGAUACAAGACAAGGGACCAAGCCUCGGACAUUGUGGGAUCGAAAUGCUUGGAGAGGAGGCUAUUCCCAGAACCCUUUACGUGGUUCAGGGGUCAGCAAAGAAUUCCGUAUUGUGAGAGACAACAGAGUUAAUCAAAAUAUAAAUGGAAUUACGAAGCCGGUGUUACUUAAGUGCUCAACAUCUUCCAACGAGGAAGUGGCUUCAAAUGUCCCUGCAAAGAGCUCUCCGGGAAUUCUAACUGAUGAAAAGCACUCAGAUGCCAGAAAUUCAGUGCAGCAACUCCCUUUUCGAGGUUCAAAUGCAGCCUUUCAUUCUGCCACCGAACAUGCUAGACAUGCCGAUUCAAAUGGUACUCGUAGGCAAGCAUUAGCUGAAGAGACAGGUGCAACAUCCCCAAUCUCAACUUCGCGGGCACAGGGACAGAAACCCCAAAAUCCUCCAUCGCGUCCCACAACAUCAGCAUCAAGCAGGUCUGUAGUUGGGGUGUACUCCUCGUCAACAGAUCCUGUUCAUGUGCCGUCUCCUGAUUCCAGAUCUUCGGGAGCUGUUGGGGCUAUCAAACGCGAAGUUGGCGUAGUGGGUGUUCGUCGCCAGUCAUCUGAACAGCCAGUUACACGUUCAUCUGUUACAAGCAGUUCUUUCUCGAUUCCGCUUUUGGGGAAGGAUAUUUCUGCAUCCACAGAAUCAUUUGGACAGUCUCCUCCAUCUCAAUCUGUGAUGGCUGACAUGUCUGUUACCAGAUCUUUCUUGGGCCAUCAGUACCAUAGCAAACCGCAUCAACAACCCACUGGCCAUCAGAAAGCCUCACAGCCCAAUAUGGAGUGGAAACCAAAGUCAAGUCAGAAGUCAGGUCCUACCAGUCCUGGAGUAAUUGGGAAUGCUGCCACCCCUAUUUCAUCCUCCGUUGAUCAGUCUACAACCUCCGCUGCAGAAGAGACUCACUUGCUGGAGAAGCUCUCACAAGUCAAUGUUUCUGAAAAUCAGCAUGUAAUCAUUCCACAACAUCUUCGAGUUCCAGAGGCCGACCGCUCAAGGCUGACCUUUGGUAGUUUUGGGGCAGGAUUUGAUUCUACCAAAGGUUUUACAUCUGGACUCCAAACAUUUGUGAAUGUGGAAGAAUCAAAGGAUGAACCCGCUGUGAGCAUCUCAUUAUCUGCUCCAGUGACCUCCAGUGAAGAAGUUUCUGGUGGCGACGAGAUGGAUUUGCUAGAAGACCAGGUUAGACCUUCUCGCUCGGAAUCACCGGCAUCAGAAGCAUCUUCCGAGAACCUGCAGGCUGAUACAAAGGAGUCUUCAAGUCCCAGGAACUUGGGUAACUUUGCAAAUGUUGGGUUGGUUCGAAGCAAUACCCCUUCCUUCAGCCGCUCGGAGCCACAACAGCAACAAGAUCCUCAUGUUCUUCCGAGUUUUCCUGCAUAUGCAUCCCAAACAGGAUAUGAUGUGCCAUUUCUAAGAUCUUCAAUUGAUGAAAAUGUACGGGGGCAAGGACUAUCAUCACCACAGGAGGCCUUGAUCUCGCAUGUAACUAACAGUGGCACUCCAUCCUCGGUGCCCAUGGUACAGCAGCAGCCGGUGACACAGCUGUAUCCGCAAGUUCAUAUCCCACACUUCCCGAACUUUGUCCCAUACCGUCAGUUCCUAUCUCCAUUAUACGGUCCGCCAGUGGCUAUGCCAAACUAUUCUGGUAACCCUGCAUACCCUCACCCUCCGAACGGAAGCAGUUACCUUCUGAUGCCAGGAGGAAGCUCGCACCUCACUACAGGUGGCCUGAAGUAUGCAGCUUCACAGUAUAAGCCGGUCCCUGCCGGUGGCGCAACAGGGUAUGGGAGUUACACCAAUCCAGCUGGGUAUGCUAUCAGCGGACCAGGAACAGUUGGUGGUCCUGCUGGCCUUGAGGACUCAAGCAGGAUGAAAUACAAAGAGGGCAAUCUUUAUGUUCCAAAUCCACAGGCGGAAACAUCUGAGAUUUGGUUUCAGAGUCCCAGGGAGCUACCAAAUCUGCAGUCAUCUCCAUAUUAUAACUUAUCAGGGCAAGCACCACAUGCUGCGUACAUGCCAUCCCACACAGGCCACGCUUCUUUCAAUGGCCCUGCGCAAUCAACACAUGUGCCUUUUCCAGGUUUAUACCAUCCUCCACAGCCAGCCACCAUCUCAAACCCCCACCACCUGGUCCACCAACCGCUGCCAGGCAUGGGUGGUAAUGUAGGUGUUGCUGCCCCAGGAGGUCAAGUUGGAUCGUACCAGCAACCCCAACUGGGACAUCUUAAUUGGACGGCGAACUUUUGAAAGGACAGGAUGUCGUUCCUUCCAUCGUCGUCGGUCCCUCUCUCAUGUGGUGAGGGAUUGAAGUAGGUAAAGAAAGGAAGUUUUAGUUUGUGUAAAUGACUCAUAAUCCUCUUAAUGCAUGGCAAGGCAGUGUCUAUUUGUCUUUUA